GCGGCGCCAGCACCAAGCACAGAGGCUUCCAAAGGCGGUGCUGCCGGAGUUCCCUCGUUUCCUGGUUACGUGCGUGCUAGCAGAAACGAAAACUGCCGCUUCUCCACAGGGACCAGGAGGCUGGGCACGCUAGUGUGAGACGUGUCAAGCCAAGCGCCCCCCAUGGCCGCUGCCGGAGCCCAACCGCCAGGCGCCCUCUGCGGCGCACGCGCCUUGGGGCUCGGCGGGGGCCAGUGAGGGCCCCGCCCCGAGGUGGGCGUGCCUGGCGUCUCCCGGCUGGCCAAUCGGCCGGCGAACCUGAGCCUUCCUCCCCAUCUAGCCUCGCGGUUGCACGUGCCAGUGUUUGUGUACGUGCGGCGGCCGCGGGGCUGGGAAAGGCCGGGCAGCUGCGGGUGAGGUUGCUGGGGCGCGGCCGGGGUUGGGGCGCGGCCGCGAGGGGCAGUCCCACUGGCCCGGGCAAUCUAAAUUCUCCCGCACUUGGGCUGGCUGUGCUCGCUUACCUGCCAGUCCGCAGCGCCUGCCCCGCCGCUCUGCUCUCCCAGGGCCUCCGGUCCUCUGCUUUAGGUGGAGAAUGCUGUUGCUUGACUGCAACCCAGAGGUGGACAGUCUGAAGCAUCUGCUGGAGGCCGGGGCCUCGGUCAACGCACCCCCGGAUCCCUGCGAGCAGUCGCCUGUCCAUUUGGCCGCAGGUGGCGGCCUUGCUUGCUUUCUUCUGUGGCAGCUGCAGACUGGCGCUGACCUCAACCAACAGGAUGUUUUUGGAGAAGCUCCACUACAUAAGGCAGCAAAAGUUGGAAGUCUGGAAUGCCUUAGCCUGCUCGUAGCCAGUGAUGCCCAAAUUGAUUUAUGUAAUAAGAAUGGGCAAACAGCUGAAGAUCUAGCUUGGUCAUGUGGAUUUCUAGAAUGUGCCAAGUUUCUUACAACAGUUAAAUGUAUGCAGUCAGUAAAAUCAAGUGAGCCAUCGGAUAGAGAUCACUGUGUCCCAGGGCUUGGACAGAAACGAAGUUUUGGAAGUGCAGAAAAUACAACCGGGAAAAGGAAGUGUUGAUUCAUGCUGGUUCUGAAAAGGUUUGAAGAAAGCCUUCGCUCCGUGCAGGUCUAUUGCUCAGCUACAAGCAAUGGCUUUUGGCUCACCAGGUGUAUCAAAACUCCUUCUAAGAAGGAGGAGAACUUUCUUCUAAGUGAAGAUAGCAUUUAAGAACACAUGUUUUUACAUGCCUAUAAUAUUUUGGUUGUGCAUGCUUUGUCUGUUAAAUUAUUAAAGAAUGUUUAAAGAAUAAACUGUUUUCUUUGUGUA